AUGAAUGCUGCGUCAGACCUGAAAAUGAAAAUGAAUAAACAAAAAAAUGCUUGGUUGAAAUCAUUACGUAGACUUGAUCUAGCAAAUAAAAAUAUUGACUAUAUGCGUGUAUGUUCUGUUCAUUUUAAAUCUGGUAAACCAGCCAAAUACCAAGACGAAAAUGAUCCAGAUUGGUGUCCAACAUUAAAUAUGGGUUAUUGCGUUACUAAUGGUGUAGCUACUUCUCCAGUCAUGAAAAGGUAUCAAAGAGCUACUAAAAGGAAAUUAUUCACAAAUAAAAUUAAUGAACCAAAUACCAAAAUUUCAAUUAACAAUGAUUUAGUUAUUGAAGAUAUAGAAAAUGAAGAUAUGCCAAUCGACACUGGUAUAUCGUCUUCAACUGAAAUGACAAUGAUGGACAUACAAACAUUACAAAAUGAUUCAAUUAAACCAGGGUUAACUUCCAGCAAUCAAAGAUUAUCAGAAUUCCAAAAGUUAUUAUUAUGCUUAAUGAAACUAAGAUUAAAUUUACCAUUUGUGGAUUUGGGUUACAGAUUUAAUAUUACUUGUUCAGCUGUUUCUAAUAUAUUUCGUAAGGUAAUAUAUCUUUUAGAACACAUGUUCAAAAAAUUAAUUUACUGGCCUGAUAGACAAUGUUUACGUACCUUAAUGCCUAGAUCAUUUUUCAAUGCAUUUGGCAAUUCUGUUGCAGUGAUAAUUGAUUGUUUUGAGAUUGGAAUUGAAAAACCAUCGAAUUUAAAGGCCAGAGCUCAAACGUGGUCAUCUUAUAAAAAUAAAAACACUGUAAAAUAUUUGAUUGCAAUUACUCCACAAGGUAUUAUUUCAUAUAUAUCCGAAGGUUGGGGUGGUAGAGUCAGUGAUAAGCAUAUUACAGAAAAUUGCGACUUUUUAGAAAAUUUAUUGCCUGGGGAUAUAGUGUUAGCUGAUCGAGGGUUUACAAUAAAUGAAAGUAUUGGAUUUCAUUAUGCUACAUUAAAAACUCCUGCAUUUACUAAAGGACAACCUCAGUUACAUCCUUGUAGUAUUGAGGAAACAAGAAAAAUAGCGUCUGUUCGAAUUCAUGUAGAACGAGUUAUAGGUUUAACUCGUUCAAAAUAUAAAAUACUUAAUGGCCCUGUUCAAAUAACAUAG